UAUAGCCGGGCGCUGGGCGGCCGGGCGCAGAGUGCUCGGGAAGCCGGAGAGGAGGCGGCACGGCGGUGGCGCUGCAGAGACCAAGUCGAGACGCCAGGCGGCCGCCGGCGCGCAAGGCGCUUUCCAACUCCCUCCCGCGAGGGUACAGCCCGCCUCCUUCGGCGGCGCCUGCAGCCGCGGGCUCGCUCUCGCCUCCAGAGCUCACUCCGGGAGCUGCUCCGCGGGUGGCGGGCGCGGAGUCCGCGACGUGGGGAUCGUGAGGCCGCGGCGAUCCGCCCGCGGUAACCAGCCCGCGAGCCAGAGUUCCAUGCGCGCUCCUUUCGCCCGGGCAGUCGCUGUUGCUUCCUGGGGCUGAGACGUCCGCUCCGUCCCCUCCCUACCCGGUGACCGAGGCAAGAACCCAGCCGGUCGUGUACUGUGGCCGGUCGCCACUGUUGAGUGGAAACAAAAUGUCCGUCAGCGUGCACGAGAACCGCAAGUCCAGGGCCAGCAGUGGCUCCAUUAACAUCUAUCUGUUCCACAAGUCCUCCUACGCGGACAGUGUCCUCACUCACCUGAACCUGUUACGCCAGCAGCGUCUCUUCACCGACGUCCUUCUCCAUGCCGGAAAUAGGACCUUCCCGUGUCACCGGGCGGUGCUGGCCGCGUGCAGCCGCUACUUCGAAGCCAUGUUCAGCGGCGGCCUGAAGGAGAGCCAGGACAGCGAAGUCAACUUCGACAACUCCAUCCACCCGGAAGUCUUGGAGCUGCUCCUCGACUACGCUUACUCCUCCCGGGUCAUCAUCAAUGAAGAAAACGCGGAAUCACUCCUGGAAGCUGGUGACAUGCUGGAGUUUCAAGACAUCCGGGAUGCCUGCGCCGAGUUCCUAGAGAAGAACCUGCACCCCACCAACUGCCUGGGCAUGCUGCUGCUGUCUGACGCGCACCAGUGCACCAAGCUGUACGAGCUCUCCUGGAGGAUGUGUCUCAGCAAUUUCCAGACCAUCAGGAAGAACGAAGAUUUCCUCCAGCUGCCCCAGGACAUGGUAGUGCAGCUCUUGUCCAGUGAAGAGCUGGAGACGGAAGACGAAAGACUUGUGUACGAGUCUGCAAUUAACUGGAUCAGCUACGACCUGAAGAAGCGCUACUGCUAUCUCCCGGAGCUGUUGCAGACGGUGAGGCUGGCUCUGCUACCGGCCAUCUAUCUCAUGGAGAAUGUGGCCAUGGAGGAGCUCAUCACCAAGCAGAGGAAGAGCAAGGAGAUCGUGGAAGAGGCCAUCAGGUGCAAGCUGAAAAUCCUGCAGAACGACGGCGUGGUGACCAGCCUCUGUGCCCGGCCCCGGAAAACUGGCCAUGCCCUCUUCCUCUUGGGAGGACAGACUUUCAUGUGUGACAAGCUGUAUCUGGUCGACCAGAAGGCCAAAGAGAUCAUUCCCAAGGCCGACAUCCCCAGCCCAAGAAAAGAAUUCAGUGCCUGUGCAAUUGGCUGCAAAGUAUACAUUACUGGGGGGCGAGGGUCUGAGAAUGGAGUCUCGAAAGAUGUCUGGGUUUAUGAUACCCUGCAUGAGGAGUGGUCCAAGGCGGCCCCCAUGCUGGUGGCCAGGUUUGGCCAUGGCUCUGCUGAACUGAAGCACUGCCUGUACGUGGUCGGGGGGCACACUGCCGCCACUGGCUGCCUCCCGGCCUCCCCCUCAGUCUCUCUAAAGCAAGUAGAACAUUAUGACCCCACAACCAACAAAUGGACCAUGGUGGCCCCUCUCCGAGAAGGGGUCAGCAAUGCCGCCGUGGUGAGUGCCAAGCUCAAGCUGUUUGCUUUCGGAGGUACCAGCGUCAGUCAUGACAAGCUCCCCAAGGUUCAGUGUUACGAUCAGUGUGAAAACAGGUGGACGGUCCCGGCCACCUGUCCCCAGCCCUGGCGUUACACGGCGGCAGCUGUGCUGGGUAACCAGAUUUUUAUUAUGGGGGGAGAUACCGAGUUCUCCGCCUGCUCUGCUUAUAAAUUCAAUAGCGAGACUUAUCAGUGGACCAAGGUGGGAGACGUGACAGCAAAGCGCAUGAGCUGCCACGCUGUGGCCUCCGGAAACAAACUCUACGUGGUUGGAGGGUACUUUGGCAUUCAGCGAUGCAAAACUCUGGACUGCUACGAUCCAACGUUGGAUGCGUGGAACAGCAUAACCACGGUCCCGUACUCGCUUAUCCCUACUGCGUUUGUCAGUACCUGGAAACAUCUGCCCUCUUAAACACAGUGCAUCCUAAAGAGAGUGAGCAUAAGCUGACUCCAUCCCUCAAUGAGACAAGAUGGGAUUUCUACUUUGGAGAGGCCAAGUUGAAUGAAGAGAA